AUGCCAGAGAUAUUCGAUGUAGAGCAUGUUUUAGCGAACAUCAGCGAGCAGGACAAAAUCGCCCUUUUAUCCGGAAUUGAUUUCUGGCACACCCAUCCUAUCCCCGAAUUCAACGUCCCCUCGAUACGUGCCACCGACGGUCCCAAUGGUGUCCGGGGCACAAAAUUCUUUGCCGGUGUCCCUGCCGCAUGCCUGCCAUGUGGCACAGCUCUGGGUGCCACCUGGGACCGAGAUCUGAUAUACCAAGCGGGGAAGCUGUUGGGCGACGAGUGCAUUGCAAAAGGGGCGCAUUGUUGGCUGGGCCCAACAAUUAACAUACAACGCGCUCCUAUCGGUGGCCGCGGGUUUGAAUCGUUUGCGGAAGAUCCACAUCUAUCGGGUAUUCUGGCUAAAUCGAUCAUCCUGGGGUGCGAAAGCAAAGGAGUUAUUUCCACGGUCAAGCAUUUUGUGGGCAAUGACCAAGAACAUGAGCGUCGGGCGGUGGAUGUCCUGGUCACGCAGCGAGCCUUGCGCGAGAUCUACCUACGACCCUUCCAGAUUGUCGCGCGAGAUGCAAACCCCGGCGGGCUCAUGACCUCCUAUAAUAAGAUCAAUGGGAAGCAUGUGGUGGAAGAUGCGCGCAUGCUCACACUAAUCCGCGAGGAGUGGAAGUGGAACCCGUUGAUUAUGAGCGACUGGUACGGGACCUACACAACCAUUGACUCCAUCAAUGCGGGACUUGACCUGGAAAUGCCAGGAGUGUCUAGAUAUCGGGGAAAGUACAUCGAGUCCGCUGUGCAGGCUCGACUGAUCAAGCAAUCGACUAUCGAUGCACGAGCGCGAAAGGUGUUGGAAUUCGUGAAGCAAGCGAGUCAGGUUGAAGUGUCAAGAGUGGAGCGAGGCCGUGAUUUUCCAGACGAUAGAGCGUUGAAUCGCAAGAUCUGUGCGAACAGCAUCGUCCUCCUCAAGAACGAAGGCAUCUUGCCCCUUCCAAGACGGGAGAUCAAAACGAUCGCCCUGAUCGGAUCUCACAUGAAGACUCCCGCAAUAUCGGGGGGUGGCAGUGCGUCGCUUGAGCCAUAUUACUCGGUCUCAUUAUACGAUGCCUGCAGGGAAGCACUUCCUAAUGCAGAGGUGCUCUAUGAAGCGGGUGCAUACACCCAUAGGAUGCUCCCUGUAAUAGAUCGUCUCCUGAACAAUGCUGCCAUUCAGUUCUACAACGAGCCGAUGGGCAAGGAACGACGGUUGAUUAGCACUGAGCCUGUAGCCACGACGGCCUUCCAGUUCAUGGACUAUUAUGCCCCCGGUCUUAACCGAGGGCUCUUCUGGGCCACAUUGAUUGGCGACUUCGUGCCUGAUACAUCCGGGGUUUGGGACUUUGGUCUGAGCGUCUUUGGUACAGCAAAUCUCUACAUUGACGACGAGCUCGUGAUCGAUAACACCACGAGCCAGACGCGGGGAACCGCAUUUUUCGGUAAAGGCACCGUUGAGGAGCUGGGGUCGAAGAAUUUAGUUGCUGGAACUACAUACAGGAUUCGAAUUGAGUUCGGCUCUGCCAACACUACCACAAUGAAAACGGUGGGAAUGGUGAAUUUUGGAGGCGGUGCUGCAAAUCUGGGGGCCUGCCUACGGAGGGACCGCGAUGAAAUGAUCGAAAAAGCUGUGCAAAUUGCUGCAGAGGCCGACUAUACCAUUCUUUGCACCGGGCUUAACAAAGACUGGGAAUCUGAAGGGUUCGAUCGCACGCAUAUGGAUUUGCCGCCGGGAGUUGACCGGUUGAUCUCGAAGGUCUUGGAGGCCGCCGCAGAAAAGACUGUGAUCGUUAAUCAGUCUGGUACGCCAGUCACUAUGCCAUGGGCCGAUCAUGCCCGGUGCAUCAUGCAGGCUUGGUACGGAGGUAACGAGACGGGUCAUGGAAUUGCCGAUAUCCUCUUCGGAGAGGUCAAUCCAUGCGCAAAGCUGCCCUUGUCCUGGCCGGUGGAUGUGAAACACAACCCAGCCUACCUAAACUAUGCCAGUGUGGGUGGUCGAGUGCUAUACGGCGAGGACAUCUAUGGAGGUUAUCGAUUUUACGAGAAGACCGGACGAGAAGUCCUCUUCCCAUUUGGUCACGGCCUAUCAUACACGACCUUCAAGGUCUCACCGAGUGUUACUGUUGCCCCAGAGAUCUUCAACAUGGACUGUCCUGCGGUCGCCACCGUGCAUAUCAAAAACACGGGCAAAGUGGCGGGCGCUCAGAUUCUCCAGCUGUACAUCUCUGCCCCCGAAUCCCCAACCCCGCGCCCAAUCAAGGAACUGCACGGCUUCGAAAAAAUAUUCCUACAGCCUGGGGAAGAAAAGUCGGUUGGCAUCCAGCUAGACCGAUAUGCGACCAGCUUCUGGGACGAGAUCGAGGACAUGUGGAAGAGCGAGCAAGGGACGUAUGAAGUGUUGAUUGGAACCUCUAGCCAGGAAGUGGUGGCUCGGGGCAACUUUCAGGAGGCCCCUGCAGGAAAAAUGGACACUUCAUCGACUGCGCGACCUCGUAAGCAUACUCGGGUGCUCACAGCGUGCGAUGCCUGUCGUCUCAGCAAGACUCGAUGCGAUUCGGCACGGCCAGUGUGUGCCAAGUGUAUCCAGCGGGGUGUAGCGUGCGAGUAUCCGGAGACGGAUGCCAUCUCAGUUCUAGAGACAUGGGGCACAAGAAUCCUAGACGCAGUAGAACGUCAAGAGCAGCUUCUGUCUGGGAGCCUUUCUUUGAAUCGAGGGCCUGCUCUCUUUUCGCGAAAGGCGUCGCCAUCUCCAGUGGACGAAGUAGAUCCCGAGUCAAUUUCGCGUAAUGAUGCACCCAAGACGCCAAUCACCGGGUCGGACAUGAUUCUGAGCUGGCCUAUUUUCCCCAAAGAGAAGCCUGUGUCGACUUUUCCAAUGACAGCUUAUUCUGAGAAGCCAGAUCGGUUUCAGAAGGCUUUACCAAGCUUAGAUUCCCAAAGGCUUCUCGAAUUGCGCGAGAUUUUCAUGACCAAAAUCUGGACCAAGAACCCAAUUGUUGAUUCAGACCAGCUCGACUAUUACAUCGCUCGAGUACUGGAAAAUGGCGUGGACUGGUCCGCCUCGUCAUGCUUGGUGCUGCUUAUCUUUGCGCUGGCUGCCAUAUGGGGGAACUAUCCCGACGAUGAAACCCGCGAGAUCUCGUACAAUGGACCAUCCUUCGGUCCACCGGUCACUUGCGUGACGAUGUCAGUUCCGGAGCACCGAAUGAAGGAAUCGCUGACCUUCCUCUCCAUGGCGCGCAAGCGCAUCUCCACUGCGUAUCUCGACGAUACCUUACUGGGAGUACAAUGUCUUUGUUUAUUCGGAAUUUGGUAUCAGUAUAACAUCGAGCCAAUUCCGGGCUGGAAGAUGUUCCGAGCAGCAUCCAUGCUAUGGCAAACGUAUCGCUUGAAGCACCGUGAGGGAAAGACUAUUCGAAGUGCACAGGAAGAGAGUCUGGAGCAGCGACUCUACUGGACGUGCUUAAAGUCCGAAUGUGAGGUUCGAUAUGAACUGACUGAUCUCCCGCCCUGUGAUCUCAGCCUCUCUGAUUUUCCUUAUUCUCUCCCGAGCUUUCCCACGAGGCAACCAUCUAACGACAGCCCCGGGUGGACUUUUUCCAGCCCCUCAUCCACAGACCUCGAAGCAGCAUCUUCCUAUUAUUAUCUAGCCGAGAUAUUCUUGCGCAGGCUUCUCAACCGAGCCCGCAAUGCGGUCCGUGUGCUUUCCCCGAAUAUCGAUUUGCCGACCAUCAAAGUCCUGGUAGAAAGUCUGACGCAGCUGGAAGGUCAACUCCAGCAGUGGGUGGAGUGUCUCCCCCAUACACUCCGGUUCAACAUGCCUCUCAAAUCCGCCCCAGGACCGAAGGAGGGUGAACUCAUGAAACUAAUCCGUGAGCGAUACGUCGAGGUGCGCGAACUGCUCUGCCGCGCGUAUCUAUACCUGUGCAUCCAUGUACCACUCCAACCAGGGAUGGCGGCACUUUAUGGGGUCAAAGCGAGCGAAGCCCUACUUUUGGCAGUUUAUCGCAUCCAAAAUGAGGUGCCAUUCUUCCGGCAUCCGGGGUCAUGGGGAGCAUGUCGAGUCCGGUUCAACCAUGCGCUUUGCCUCAUUGCGGGAUUUCGCGCAAAACUGACGCAGCGCCCCUCGGCUAAAUAUGUGAGUAUUCCUCCAGACUGGGCGGACUGUGUGCGGGUUGUGAUAGAGCGGCUGAAGGUCUGGGGGUGA